GCACUGCUGUCUGCGAGCAGGGAGGCAGGCGCGGGACGGGAGACUGACAUGGCCUGGCUUGCCCUCCUCCUCCUGAGCUGUCUGUGGGCUCUCGCUGGGACCUCUGCCCGGGUCAGAAGCUCCUGCUCUGUCCCCUCUGGAGAACAGCCCUGGGUUGAUGCCAUACAAGUGCUCAUGGAGGACUCGGUGACGGUGUCUGCCCUCCCCAACCCCAGCAUCCUGAUCGCCAUGAACUUGGUGGGACCCUACAACCUGGAGGCCCGGGAGCUCCUGACUAAGCAGCUGGUGGCCAGUGACUCCGCUGACCUGACCGUGGGACAACUUGCCCUCACCAUCAUGGCCCUCAGCUCCUCCUGCAGAGACACCGAGAGCAGGGUGUCGGCGCUGCGAAGAGAGAUGGAGAGCUGGACGCCUCCGGCCCCCAGCGAGGAAACCAUAGCCUUCUAUUCACCCAGUCUGGUGGUCUUGGCUCUAUGCCAGAAGAACUCCGAGGCCACCUUGCCCAUAGCUGCCAUCUUUGCCAAGGCCCUGCUGGCCAACACCUCUCCUUUCCACGUGGGCACCGGAGCAGUGGCGACCUUGGCUCUCACGUGCAUGUACAACAAGAUGCCCAUAGGCUCCGGGGACAGUUACAGAUCCCUGUUCAGUCAGGUACUGAAGAGCACUGUGGAGAAUAUCAGCAGGAGGAUCAGAGACAAUGGCAUCAUCGGAGACAUUUAUAGCACUGGCCUCGCCAUGCAGGCUCUCUCUGUGACGCCUGUGCAGCCCGCCAAGGAGUGGGACUGUGAGCAGACGAUACGUGUCGUGAUUGAGGAGAUUAAGCAGAGAAAAUUCCAGAACCCCAUGUCCAUUGCUCAAAUCCUCCCUUCCCUGAAAGGCAAGACCUACCUGGACCUGCCCCAAGUGACCUGUGCUGGUGACCAGGAAGUGCCUCCAGCUCUCCCCUCCCACCCCACCCCGGACCCCACCUCAGCAUCCAACAUCACAGUGAUAUACACCAUAAACAACCAGCUGAGAGGGGUGGAGCUGCUCUUCAACGUGACCACGGAGGUCAGUGUGAAAGGGGGCUCGGUGCUCCUUGUGGUCCUAGAGGAGGCCCAGCGCCAAAGCCCCACAUUCGCAUUUGAAACAAGAAUGACGUCUUGGGGACUUAUGGUUUCUUCUAUCAACAAUAUUGCUGAAAAUGCUAACCACAAGACCUACUGGCAGUUUCUGAGUGGCGGGACAUCUUUGAGUGAAGGGGUCGCUGAGUACGUACCCUUCAACCAUGAACACAUCACAGCCAACUUUACCCAGUACUGA